AUGUCAAACAAACACCAACCAAAAGCCCCCGCUACUGUUGCAGUCAGAGUUCUUCCUCAGCCACCGCAAGACACCACCAAACACCCAUCCUUUUACUCUCCUAUCUCUGACAAAUCGACCCCAACUGUCUCCUCUUCGAUUUUCAGUUGUGAAAUGCUCCCAUCAUCUUCUUCUAGAUCUUGUUCCUCACCUGAAUCAAAGGAAAUGGAUGAAAAAAGAAUAAACCUUGGAGGGAUACUGAGCAGACACAAAAGGUGCAAUCGAUUGCAAAAAUCGUUCCAGGCGGUGUUAUUGAGGAAACAAUCAUCAUAUUCCAUUAUCGGCAAUACCCUACCUCCUCUCUCAUUCCUUAGCCUCCCAGAAUUGUUUCUUGCUCACCCUGGCUUUGGGUUUAAAACCGACAAAAUGGGUCUGUCGCCGUACCCAACCCCCUCCGACGCCGGUGUCCUCUGCGUGAUUCUGGUGAACACCGCCAUGUCAAUAUCAAUCAUGAAGGAAAUAGUCCGAUCAAUCCUUCACGUCAUCGGAAUCCAUGUCACCUCAUGGGAAGACUACUCCAAUCAAUCGAUAACAGAAUCAGUCGAACGUAGUAGAGGAACCCCAUCGGAAACUUACAUGGAGGAGUUCAGAAGCCGGACGCCGUCGCUCCUUUACGACUCUCUCACCAUAAAUUGCCGGAGUAAAGAAGAAUGCUCCGUUUGCUUGGUGGAGUUCAACCCAGAUUCAGAAAUCAAUCGCCUUUCUUGUGGCCAUGUUUUCCAUAAAUCUUGUGUUGAAAAAUGGUUAAAAUACUGGAACAUCACUUGCCCACUUUGCCGAAACCACAUGAUGAUUCCAAAAGAAGAAGAAAACACUUGCCCGAUCUCGAUUACUACACAUUUAAGAUAGCAUUUGAAGACAUAAAAUGAGCAAAAGAAGUUGAGUUCAACAUUACAUGAGACAAAAUGUCUGACAAAAAUAUCUUGGUGUUUGGUAGGAGAUGAGUUGGACGGGUAUGAUUGGACCGAACAAGUUGUUAAAAUUACCAUAUUGCCUUUGUCUUUUUAGUUUUUACAAAUACAAGUCAG